AUGUCGUUCGCGCUCGAGGAGACGCUGGAGUCGGACUGGGUGGCCGUGCGUCCCCAUGUGUUCGACGAACGCGAGAAGCACAAGUUCGUUUUCAUUGUGGCCUGGAACGAGAUUGAGGGCAAGUUUGCGAUCACCUGCCACAACCGAACGGCCCAGAGGCAGAGGAGCGGCUCCCGGGAGCCGUCAGGGGCACGAGGGGCCUCGGAGGCCGGGGGCCCCGCGUCCGAUGGGCCUCGCGCGCCUGGCAGCCCAGCUGGCAGAGGCCGGCCCGAGACCACCGCGUCUGCGACCGCGGGCAGGAGCCCGGGACCUCGGAGGAGCCCCGCCUGGGCCGAGGGAGGCUCUCCGCGGAGCGCACGCAGUCUUCGGGGAGAUUCGCUGCUGCGGAGUCCAGCCAGCAAAGGGCCGGAGAGUCCCCUUAAGAGCCCAGUGAAGGCCAAGGCCAGCCCGGUCCGCCGGGGUUCUGAAACCAGAGAUGGGGCAGGGACCACUGCGCCGGUCCCUGCGGUUCCCGGGGAAGCGGCAGUGGCUUCGGUGCGGGUGGUGAGCGUCUCCGGGGCGGUCUCCGAAGAGAUCGAGGUGCUGGAAAUGGUGAAGGACGACGAGGCGCCCCCGGCCGCGGAGCAGCCGCCGGCCGCCGUGGAGCUGGAGGCCUCGGGCGAGGAGUGCAGCUGGGCCGGGCUCUUCUCCUUCCAGGACCUGCGCGCCGUGCACCAGCAGCUGUGCUCCGUCAACUCGCAGCUGGAGCCGUGCCUGCCGGUGUUCCCCGAGGAGCCGUCGGGCAUGUGGACCGUGCUGUUCGGGGGCGCCCCGGAGAUGACCGAGCAGGAGAUCGACACGCUCUGUUACCAGCUCCAGGUGUACCUGGGCCACUGCCUGGACACCUGCGGCUGGAAGAUCCUCUCCCAGGUGCUCUUCACCGAGACCGACGACCCCGAGGAGUAUUACGAAAGCCUCAGCGAGCUGCGCCAGAAGGGCUACGAAGAAGUGCUGCAGCGGGCCCGGAAGCGCAUCCAGGAGCUCUUGGAUAAGCACAAAAAUAUAGAGAGCAUGGUGGAACUUUUGGACUUGUAUCAGAUGGAAGAUGAAGCCUACAGUAGCCUUGCAGAAGCCACAACAGAACUCUAUCAGUAUUUACUCCAGCCGUUCCGAGACAUGAGAGAACUUGCCAUGCUACGAAGACAGCAGAUCAAGAUUUCCAUGGAGAAUGAUUAUUUGGGUCCCCGAAGAAUUGAGAGUCUACAAAAAGAAGAUGCUGAUUGGCAACGGAAAGCUCACAUGGCUGUGCUUUCUAUUCAAGAUCUUACUGUGAAAUAUUUUGAAAUAACAGCAAAAGCUCAGAAAGCGGUGUACGAUCGAAUGCGAGCAGAUCAGAAGAAAUUUGGUAAAGCAUCAUGGGCAGCAGCAGCUGAACGUAUGGAAAAGCUCCAGUAUGCAGUUUCUAAGGAGACUUUGCAGAUGAUGAGAGCAAAGGAAAUCUGUUUGGAACAGAGGAAACAUGCUUUAAAAGAAGAGAUGCAGAGCUUGCAGGGUGGUACAGAAGCCAUAGCCAGAUUAGAUCAGUUAGAAGCUGAUUAUUACGACCUACAACUUCAGUUGUAUGAAGUACAGUUUGAAAUCUUGAAGUGUGAAGAGUUACUAUUGACAGCCCAAUUGGAAAGCAUCAAAAGACUUGUAUCAGAAAAAAGAGAUGAAGUGGUGUACUAUGACACUUAUGAAAGUAUGGAGGCCAUGCUAGAAAAGGAGGAGAUGGCAGCAUCUGUGCUUUUGCAGAGGGAAGAGCUGCAGAAACUUCAGCAGAAAGCUCGCCAGUUGGAAGCAAGACGUGGACGGGUUUCAGCUAAGAAAGCCUACCUCAGAAAUAAAAAGGAAAUUUGUAUUGCAAAACACAAUGAAAAAUUCCAUCAACGCCUUCAGAGUGAAGAUGAAUAUAGAACUCAUCACACAAUACAACUAAAGAGAGAAAAAUUACAUGAUGAAGAAGAAAGAAAAAGUGCCUGGGUUAGCCAAGAAAGACAGAAAACACUAGAUAGACUUCGAACAUUUAAACAGAGGUACUCUGGACAAGUCAUACUUAAAUCAACCAGACUAAGACUGGCUCAUUCAAGAAGAAAAAGCACAGCAAGUCCGGUGCCCUGCGAGGAUCAGUGUAAAUCUCUACCAGGAACACUACAGGUAGCGAAGAAAACUGAAGAGAUGGAGGAUGGAAGAGGUAAUCGUGGGUCGACACAGAGAGAAGAACCCCAGAGCCUUGUACAACUUGAAGAUAUUUCAUUUGCACAACUUGAAGCCUCUUCAUUACCUCUUAGUGGUAUUACCUCUGAUUCCGCUCCCACUGUAUCUCUUCCACUUUUGACUGAUAAUGACAGUGAACCAGGUUCUCUGAUCAUAGAUACUCUUCCUCCACCUCACCCCCCAACACCACCUCCUCCUCCGCCCCUUCCUCCUCCUCCACCACCACCACCACCUUUGCCUGUUCUUAAAGACAGUGUCCCAGAGACAGAGGAGAAAGGUCUGCCUCGAGUGGAGGGGAAUGAGAAGAGGAUCCCGAAAUCUGCAAGUGCACCCUCAGCACACCUCUUUGACAGCAGCCAGCUGGUCAGCGCCAGAAAGAAGCUCAAAAAGACCGCUGAAGGUUUGCAAAGGAGGAGAGUGAGUUCACCGAUGGAUGAGGUGCUAGCUUCCUUAAAACGUGGUAGUUUUCAUCUGAAAAAAGUUGAACAGCGAACUCUGCCUCCUUUUCCUGAUGAAGAUGAUAGUAAUAAUAUCUUGGCACAAAUAAGAAAAGGGGUAAAAUUGAAGAAGGUGCAGAAGGAAGUCUUGAGAGAAUCAUUCACACUUCUGCCUGACACAGACCCUUUAACAAGAAGCAUCCAUGAAGCUCUUCGAAGAAUUAAAGAAGCAUCACCUGAGUCAGAAGAUGAAGAGGAGGCAUUACCUUGCCCAGACUGGGAAAACUGACAAGUGACUUAUUAAAAAGAAGAAAAAUACCUACAGUUGAAGAUCAGUCUUUAUUCUUUUGGAAAACAGCAUUUUAAUCACUUGGUUCCUCAAUUGGAUUCCAUUGGAUCAGUGCAAUUAUUUUGGCUCAAUGAUGUGAAAAAAAAGGAAGCACAGUUGUCAGGCUGUCACUUUUCCAGUCAUUCCAGUAGAUAAUAGUUAAACAUGAGGUUCUUAGAUGUGCAAUGUUCCUGACUACAAUGAAGAAAAGACUUUCUGAAGAUUCCUGGUUUUAAAGUACCUUUUCCUCCCCCUUCACCUUCUAUCCUGUUAGUGGCCAAUUAACCUAGGGGUCACUAUGAAUUCAAAGAGCACCAAGUUGACGGAAAUCUACUGUGAGCUGUAUUGGGACUGCUUUGAGAUCCAUCUUUCAAUGCACUCAAAAAUCAUUUGCUUGAAUAAUACAAAGCUGCCUCCAUAUCAGCUUAUAUAAAUAGUGUGACACUCUGAAAAAGGUUUAUCAUGCUAGCU